AUGGCAGCGCACGCCCUGCGAAACGGCCAUGUUCGAGCGCGCGCUAUCCUGAGCGUCGCCAGCAACUUGCCUUUCUCAACGCCCUCGCCGGCUGCAGCACGCCAGAGCACAUCUCUCAGCGCAUCAAGCAGCCCCGCUCGUCCUUCUUCCAGCCCCUCGCGCUCCUUGAAUGCCGCUGGGAAGCACAUACACACUUCUGCGCAGAGAUUCAGGUCCGACGAUCCCGGCGGCAAACCAAACGACGGAUCGCACCGCACCAUCUACGAGUGAGCAUAGCGAAGCGAAGCGAUGCGUAGUGUAGCGCGCACGCGCACACACGCACGCACGGCUUUCGAGUCCCUCGAAUCCCGGUCUGCCGCUGAUCCUCUCCUCUCCUCUCCUCUCCUCUCCCGCACGCCACGCCACGCCUGCACAGCGACUUUUUCAAUCUGCUAGAAUCGGAAGAGUCGCAGCCCAUCGUGGUCAAGUCCAUGUCGGAUAGCAGCAUCACGCUGGACGAUGGUUUGGUCAUUCAACAACCCGUCAUCUUCCUCAAUGGGCAAGUCUAUCUUUGGGAUCCUCCUCAUUUGGACACCAGCAAGGCUACACCUGGUGGAGCGGGCUGGGAAGAGUGGCAGAGGGAGCUUUGGAGGAUAUUCGAAGUGGUCGAACCUAAACCUGGUCAGUGGGCGAUGCAUGUGCAGGUCCGAGUAGGGUGUCGAGAGGGAUGA